CGGAAAAAUAGGGUCAGAAAUCGGCAUCAGCUUAACUCUCUGAAAUGCAGAGUGAAGUUAUCAGGGUGAAGGAGAGGUAGAGGGAAGGAUGACUGAACACAAAAAGAGACACGGAUCUGUUGACCAAAGCAGCCUCAUUUGUGGUGCAGUGAAGCGACAUAGAACUGAUUUCUCCAUCUCAACCAAGGUUACUUUCCCAUUUCUUGGCCAAAGUGGAUUUAGAGAGUCACUAUACCUACUCUCUGAGGAAAAGAAAGAGAAGUUAGGGGAACGCAUUACGGCUUUACAGCAGCUUGUCUCACCAUUUGGGAAGACAGAUACAGCCUCUGUUCUUCUGGAGGUGAUGGAGUAUAUCAGAUUUCUUCAUGAUCAAGUUAAGGUGUUGAGUUCGCCAUACCUCCACAAUUCACCGACUGGAAAAAGUCAGGAAUCAGAACCAUACAGCCUUAGAAGCAGAGGCCUAUGCCUGAUGCCAAUCUCGCGCACGCUUGGGAUAGCACGGAGCAAUGGUGCAGAUAUCUGGGCUCCCAUCAAGGUCAGCUCUCCAAAGUUCUAACAUUACCAGCUGUAAAUCUAUUCUCCACAGCAAUUCAAAACAAUCUUGUAGCCCAAAAUGCUCAUCUAUUUUCAGUGAGCAGAGGCAUUGCCAGCGGGCUAAUCUAGGUGUCUCCUAAGCUCUUAGUUGUAG